GAUUUGUCUGUCGAUGAUGAACUCCUUGCUGGUAAUGACAGUGCCGUGGAGAAGUCUUCAAAAGGUGGCGUUGCAAAGGUCUUGAGGAGUCCCUUCACCUCCUCCUCUCAGGAUAAGGAAAAGACUGACCACUCAGGAGACUCACAGGAGAACAGUUCUGCCACAGGGAAGCCCAAAACCAAGGAGGAGAAAAGCUCCAACAACGAUGACGAGAAGAAAGUGGACCAUGGAGAUAACCAGCCCACUCAAAAACAGAAUAAACUGGCUGGGGGAAUGACAAAGCUGAAUCCAUUUCGAUAUGCAAACAAAAAUGAAAAGGAGGCAGGCUCAAUAGAAGAAGAUUUAACUGUCAGCAACAAGAAGUCAUCAGGCCAUAAGCAGAAUGCCGUGGUUGGAGCCAUGUCCAAACUGAUAUCUUUCCGCCAAAAAAAAGACACAGAAGAUGCAGAAACACUCAAGGAGAAUGAAAAAGAAGUGGGAGAAAAAUCAAAACCAGAGGUGAAGGGGACGUCGUCACAUGACAAAGUAAAACCAAGAAGAAGUGAGGAUAACAACGAAGGCAAAGACAUGACCUCCAGAGAGAAGAAAGAAAAACCUGCUAAGCCUCCUGCAGUUCCUGCCCGACCAUCAGAAGAGGAGCUGAACAGAAUAAUUGGACACAGUCGACAAGAGCAGAACAACCAACAGGCUGCAUCGGAUGAUGUGGGGCUGAAUGCAGAUGAGGAAUCUGCAUCCAAGAAGGAAAAGAAUAAAGAAGAGGUUAAGGAAAAAAUGGAGACCAACGUCAAGAAAAAAAAGAGGCACAACCCGUUCAUGCCUGAUGUAAAGGCCAAAGUGAUACAGAGACGUGCACAAGAAACAGCCCAAGCAGAGAGUGAAGGUGCAAACAGGUCUGUGUUUGACCAGCUAGAGGACUACCGUAUUGGCACUGCCUCAGCUGAACAUAGUAAUGAUGUGGAUCUUAUGGAAUGGUGGGAAACUGUGGAGCAAUGGAAAGACCCACCUCAACAUAAAGACAUGACAGAAAAAGAAGAGGCCAAGGCCUUUGCUUUGACCGCUGAGAAGCUGCAGAAGGGCAUCAGAGUCUUCAACAAACUGUUCACGGAGCGGGCAGAGAGCCUCUGGCAGCAUGUCAUCGACCUCAACGGCAUCGCUGAUGGGCUCGACAAGUUCAGCAAGAACACAAAGAUCGCUCAAAUCACAGGCGGCUCCACCAGCGCCGUUGGGGGCGUCGCCACUGUUGCUGGCCUCGCCCUGGCUCCCUUCACCAUGGGAACUUCCUUGAUUGUGACUGCAGUGGGACUGGGCAUUGCUGCGGCAGGCGGUCUGACAUCAGCAGGUGCUGGCAUCUCCAACCAGGUCAACAACACCAUGGACCGCAAGAAGGUGGAGAAGAUCGUGCAGGACUACCAGGAGAAGAUGGAAGACAUCAACAAGUGCCUGACGUUCAUCAAACAGGGUAUUGAGAACCUGCGCAGGUUCGAUCUGAUCAAGAUGAAGAAUAGCGCAUACAAUCAGGACUUUCCUUCACUUACUAGCAAAUUCUAUGAAGAUGGCGCCAUGGCAGGAAAGGCGAUCCUCGUCAAUGCCAAUGAGAUCAUGCGUUUUGUCCAGUUUGCCCAUGUAGCAGGUAGCACCGCAGCCAGAGCAGUCCAGAUUGCUAGUAUGGCAACCGGUGUGCUUACUGGACUCUUUGUAGUUAUGGAUAUCUACUUUGUGUCCAAAGACUCGAAAGAACUCAAGAAAGGGGCAAAAUCAGAGUUUGCUGCCAAAAUCAGGGAGGUGGCGCAACAGCUGCACGAUGGUCUGGUGGAGCUGAACUCAAUACAUCAAGAGCUGCAGUUCAACUCACCAGAAAAAGACUCUGAGAAGACCACCAAAGAUCUGGACAGUGAGAAAAAAGAGAAAGACAACAAAGAAAAGAAAGAGAAGGAUGGAAAAGAUUUGAACAGUGAAAAGAAGGACAAUGACAGCUCAGACGAAGAUGAAAUCGACCGCAUUAAAAAAGCCAUCAAAAAGGACCUUGAGAACAGAGAAUAUGUUUGACACAUAACUAGGAAGUUCUUUCAGCUUUGCUUCCUAGUUAAGGGUUAAAGGAAAACUCAGUCCGAUUCCCAAAAGACAAGCAAAUGUUUUGUAUUUUACUAUCUAUGAGGUGGUUGGUGCCUGAUUUUUAAAGUAAAACUGCAAUCAGGCGUAUUUUAAUUGUCCAAAAGGAGCCCUUAAAGGUUAAAAUAUUAAGUUAAAUAUCUAAACCUGAAAUAAAGGAUCCGACUUCUUUAAAGAUGCAUUUGCCUUGAUGAUAUUGGUGUGUUUCAGAUAACAUCAAGAAUGGCUGAUUAGUUUUGUAUAUUUUAAUGAAAAGAGCAAAUUUAAAAAAAGGUAACUGGAUUGUGUACUGCUGCAGCAGCUGUUUGGAAACCCUAGUUUGGACUUUGCUUAAGUUUAUAGCUUGUUUCCAUCUAGUGGGUCAUUCCAUAAAAAAUGGCUGCCCCAUUUACCUUCAGGAAUGACUUAGCUGCUCGCAGCGCUUUAAAACAGUCGAACCUCUGUAGAGCUAGAAGCUACUGAGCGUGUACACAGGGACUUACAAUCUAUAACAUGACUUCCAAAGCGAACAAUUUUAGAGGUUGUGGUGAUAUGUUAACUGCCUGUCCUUUUGUAAAUGUGUUGCAGUUACCGUAUUUUUUGGACUAUAAGGCGCACUUAAAAUCCUUUAAUUUUCUCAAAAAUGCGCCUUAUAAUCUGGUGCGCCUUAUGUAUGAAUUCUGGUUGAUCUUACUGAUCUCGAACCGAAUUUAUGUGGUACACGACACUCAAAAAUGUGUCAAGAAAUGUUUUAGUACGACUUUGCUAAGCUACGAA